GUUAUAAAGAAAUCAAGCAUUCCAUAAAGACCUACUGUAUAUACAGUAUACAGUAUAUAUUUCUUGCUGAGGUUUAUUGUUGAUUAUCUAAAAAAUGAUAAUAGAAUAAGGUUUGAAAACCUACACUUCUAUAGGACCGAUUCAUAAAAGUAUCAACAAGAGAGGAAUGCUAUAAUCCCAAAAUCUGUUAUUAUAUUCGAAUAUGCUUAGGAACACAUUUAAAAUAGGCAAAUAAACAUAAGGAUGGCUUUGGGAUUUUUUGUAAUAUCUUGGAUUACAAAUUUUGUUUCAUGCAUAAAGUUCUAUAUUUUGAUCAUUUACUGUACAUCAUUUUUACAAUGUUCAGGGAGCACAUAGGGGACAUCCGAUGAAUGAGAGUCGGGUUCCCUAAUCGAGCGCCGGCAGAGCAACAUUACUGAAAGCAGCCCUGGAAAGCAUAACGCAACGCGAAGAAGGACUGCAAGAGAGGUUAAUCGAAGUUCUUGAUUACUUUUUUUAAGUCACACAAAAAAAGCUUAAAUAUAUACGCAUCAAAAGAUUGCAAAUUUCCUUCUUCAGAAGAAAGCUUGCUUGGGAAUACAUGCUCACGUUUGCUGUAACAUACUUGUGGAAUCCUUCUCAUUUAUUUUUCGAUUCUUGGGCAAAGUGAGGGACACACAACAGACUACACAUCUUGAAUAAAGGUCUGUAAUGGAGAGCGAAAGCUUGAGCUUUGAACACACUGAACACAAAGGACCUGAAGACCACUGGAAAUAAGGACCCAUUGGUUCUGCAAGCAUAAUAUUGAGAGCAACUAUUUGCAAUGCCAGAAGAAUCCAGCAGAGACAUAAUGAGAGUCCCCAAAGCUCCUGAAAGAGUCAUAAUGGAAAAGACCAAUAACAAUGACUGUGUGGUGACUACUGUCCCACUGGUCAAUGAGGUUCAACUGACAGCUGCUACUGGGGGAACAGAGCUUUCCUGCUACCGUUGUAUGGUCCCAUUUGGAAUAGUCAUCUUCAUCGCUGGGAUAGUUGUCACAGCUGUGGCCUACAGUUUUAACUCACACGGAUCUAUCAUCUCUAUCCUUGGGUUGGUAGUUCUAUCCACUGGACUUCUCUUGCUGGGCUCCAGUGCUUUGUGUUGGAAAGUAAGACAAGAACGAAAGAAAGACAAAAGGCGUGAGAGUCAGACAGGCUUAAUGGCGAGCCAAAGAAGUAGCUUUGCAUAAGAAAAUAAAAAAAACUAAGAAGGAAGAGAAGCAGGAACACAGGGAGUUUGUGAACUGAGGAGAUGACUCUUCUUGAUGCCCUUUCAGUUAUGAAAAGCACCCACCUCCCAGAUUGCUCCAGGAUCUCCAAAGAAGUGAUAAAACGUUCUAGCAUUGAAGGCAUUGCCUUGAAUUCUAACAGGCUGGACUCAUCUGGACAGCUUGGAAGAGUUCUAGCCUGAAUGGAUUAGAAUCUAACAGAAUAAAGACAAAUUGCUGUUGAAUGGAGAAUAGGACGUUUAUCGUUUAUUUAUUUCUGUGUCCUGUGGUAUUUAGCUGAUGGAAUGAAAAGUAAAUAAAAAAAGAAGAAAAAAGAACAAUGAAACAUUUGUAGUGACUGCUUCGAGCGCAUAUUUGAAGAAAAUAUGACUGCCAGUUUUUAUUCACUUGUGGCAUUGCUAUUUGCCUAAUCACUGAAAUGAGGUACUUAAGAAUUUAAUUUUUAUGAUAUCAUCAUAUCUUUAUCAAACAAGAAGUAACUACAUAUUGUAAAAAAUAUCUAUUAACAGUGAAAUAUUAUGUCCUCCAAAACUUUGUAACUAGAACAAGUCUUACCUACAGUAUCAUUUGGCAACUUAACACAGCACAGUCAUAGUCUACUCUCUGUAGUUACUGAGUUAAUUAUAUUUGACAGCAUAAAAUAUUUCUCCUGAAACAGUGACUCUAAUUAUUUUGUUAAUAUUUAUAACUGUUGUAAAUUUAUUGGUCUCUUGUUACUAGUGUCUAAAAAUGAAUAAAACAACCAUUUCCGUGAA